CGGCCUCCCACCGGGGGAGGAAAACAAAAGGGAGGCGAGGGGCCGCCGUGAGGAUUCGGGCUCUCCUCAACGGAGCCGGUUGCCAUUCUCCGCCAUGGGACGCCCAGCGACCUGCCCGGUGCUGCUGCUCCUCCUCCUCCUCCUCCUGAUCAAUGGGGAGCUUCAGGGCGACGCCGAAGCGUCGGAGCGAGCCACGCUGCUGAGCCCUUUCUUCGGCACCAAGUCCCGCUACGAAGAGCUGCACCCGUACCUUCUCCGGGACCCGCUGUCUCUCGGGCCGCCGCUCUCGGGCUUCCCGCUGCCGCCGGCUUCCUGCACCCCGCUUCAACUGAGCGCCGUCGUACGCCACGGCACGCGCUUCCCCACCCGCAAGCAGAUCGAGAAGCUGGCGCGCCUGCACGGCCUCCUGCUACGGGGCGGCGGCGGCGGCGAGCGCUGCUCGCUGGCGAAGCGCCUGGCGCGAUGGGAGAUGUGGUACCAGCCGGACCUGGACGGGAAGCUGGCCCCCAAAGGCUUCCUCGACAUGAAGAUGCUGGCCAAGCGUCUUGCCUCCCGCUUCCCCAGCCUCCUGGCUCCCGGUCGGCGCCUGGCCUUCACCAGCAGUUCCAAGCACCGGUGCGUGAAUAGCAGCGCCGCUUUCCGCGAAGGGCUCUACGAGGCGUUUUACGGGCGGAUGAGCGAGGGCGGCAAAAACGUUACCUUGACAGAAACAUUUGAAAUCAAUGAUAAAUUGAUGAGAUUUUUUGAUCACUGUGAAAAAUUUGUACAAGACGUUGAAGACAAUGACACAGCCUUAUAUGAGGUUGACGCCUUUAAGGAAAGCCCUGAGAUGAUGAAGAUAGUGAAUAAAACCAUACAAAAUUUAUGUUUACCAGCAGAAGACUUAAAUGCAGAUUUGGUUCAAGUGGCAUUUUUUACUUGCUCCUUUGGGCUAAGUAUAAAAAACAUUAGCUCCCCCUGGUGUUCACUGUUCAACAAAGAAGAUGCCAAGGUACUUGAGUAUCUGAAUGAUCUCAAACAGUACUGGAAGAGAGCCUAUGGAUAUAAUAUUAACAGUCAGUCCAGCUGCAUACUUUUCCAAGAUAUCUUCAAAAAUUUGGACAAGGCAGUUUCAGAGAGUAAAAGGUCAAAAUCUAUUUCUUCACCAGUGAUCAUCCAGUUUGGACAUGCAGAGACUCUUCAGCCACUUCUCUCACUCAUGGGCUAUUUUAAAGACAAAGUGCCUCUUAACGCCAGCAACUAUCACAGUCAAUUGAAACGCAAGUUCCGAAGCGGUCGUAUCGUCCCUUAUGCCGCCAAUUUGUUAUUUGUGCUUUAUCACUGUGAUCAACCUAAGUCUCCUAAAGAUGAGUAUAAGGUUCAGAUUCUUCUCAAUGAGAAGCUCCUGCCUUUUACGUACUCGGGAAAAACAGUUUCGUUGUACACCAAACUGAAAAAACAUUAUAAAUGUUUCCUUCAGAAUUGUGAGUUUUCCAAAGUGUGCAGUAUCAAGAAAAAUGGUACUAACAUUAAAGGGACAUCGUAAAAAAAAAAAAAGACCAAUGUUUCAACGUGUGCAUAUUUUUGGCAAAGGGAAAUAUUUUUGUUUUUGGCUAUUAAGACUGGUGCACUGCUGGUGCUGUAGUGUUUUUUAAAAAGUCCUUAAAUGUAUAUUUGCCAUUUUCAAUAGUGGCAUCAAACCUGGAGCCUACUAGAAAGGCAUACUGGAUAUUUCCAACUGAUGAAGUUGCUCUAUUCAUGAAAAAUAACUCCCUCUCUCCCUUUCCUAAAUCAGGAAUGAUUGAAAAGUAAUGAUGUGCUGUUCAACAUUCAGCUGACUCCAUUGUGCUGGCUGCAGUCUGCUGUGAAUAGUUCCAGAGUUAAUGAUAAUGAAAAAUGGUUGCUGGAAUGCUAACUUGUAAAAAAGACGAUUUCAACAAGUAUUUCUUACUUUCGAUUCCAAAGAACUUUCACAUAUUCCUGUUAAUCUCAGGGGACUUUUGAGGCCAUGUGAAUUGCCUAAAUAUUCAUUUCUCUGUAUUCCAUUUCAGUGGUUUAGCAUACAUUUGGGCAGCAUAGUGGUAACUGACCAUUCCAUGAUGCAAUCAUUUAUUUUUGAUGGUAGACUUUGUCCAGUAAUAAUGUUCAACUUCUAGGACCAGAAAAAGAAGGCCUGUGAACUUGCCAUUUGGACAAAGGCCAUUCCGGUUUCAGUAUUCAACUAUUCCAAUUGUCGUCUUCUGUAUUCAUAUUGAAGGUGAAGAGUUAGUGGGUUUUAUUCCAGAUCCAAAAAGAUAAAGUCAUUCUGUGAUUUUUUUCAAAAUCUGAAAAAUGGCCUGAAAUUUAAUUUGUUGGGGUGUGAAAGAGAGGACUUAAAAUGGGAAU